AUGGGGAACUGCGGACUCACACCAAAUACAGCCACGUGUUUAGACCCCCUCCUGUGCUGCACUGCUUCCAAUGAUUUUCAUCUCCCCACCCCCUUCUUCUUUCUCUGUAUUUUUUUGUACUAUAUUUAUUUUUAA